AUGAUUGUAGAAGGGAAACAGAAAAUUCCUGGGCUUAAAGUAGUGGUGAAACAACAGCUCAAUGGUCAUGGUCCUCACGCAAACCAUCGCGAUCCGCGAAACGGACGAUGGAGCGAUCUCGGAAGCUACCCGUCGGGAGGGCGCCAGAUAGUUGGGAAUCCACCGAUCUCGUGGGGAUUGUGGGCGAUCCGAUUGGGCCUAGAUGGCGCGGAGACCCAGGCCGAUCGGGGACCGCUGGGGUGUGUCCUCCGAGAUCGGGCGAUCCGGGCGACAGGUCGCGAUCCGGAGACAGAAACAUGGUGGAUCCUUCUGAAGAGAUCGGCGAGGUGGGUGGAUGCGUCGGAGAGGCCAUGA